UGGGCAUUAUUCAGUAGUCUCGUACGGAUGAAAAUCUAGACUUUUGAUUGUCAGAGAAGCAGUGAGUUUUUAUCAUUUCACCAGUUGUGCAAUAACCGCAUCGCAUAUAAACAGCCGCAUGUGUUCGGAAUCAUUAUGCGCUCACAUAGCGCAGCAUUCAGGAAAUUGAAUGUCAUAAUAUUACCGGUUAUCAUUAAUCCGUUACAAUGUGGUCCAUACGCAGUCGCGCCGAUCCCGGGGAAUCGGCCAGACGGAAAUAUAUGUGGGAUAAGACACAGCAUGGCACGGGGUCAUGGUGGUCGUCGGGGUUUCGUGAGAGUCUAGACGGUUCGGUGGUCUCACGGUCCCGCUCGUCCCGACCGGUCUCCGCCGCCGAAUGGCACGCCGAAGGCGCCCUGUACGAUGCGACCUUGGCGCAGGAGCGGGAUGCGGUGGAUAAUUGGCUGGGCAACGAUGUCAGCCGGGGCGUGAUACGGAUAUACGAAGCGCGGAUUAACUGUUCGCAGUCCACAUUGGUUCUGUGCAAUGUGACCACCACGGCGCAACAGGUGUGCUUAAAAGUGGGACUACCGCCCAAUGCACUGCAUUAUCAACUGAAUGGCGACGUUAUUCGGCGGAUGGAUCCCUUUGAUUGUCCCCUGGCUCUGCAGAAUGAUUAUCUCCGAUGUAUCGGAUUUGAUAAGAUUAAGCGAAUACAACAGGAAGGAGCGGCGCUGGAACUGGCUGAUUUUAUUCGGUUUUACGCCGGUAAGCCGUAUUUGGAUGCCACAUUUUCUCGACAGUCCUUGUGUACGGUUCUACCGGUGCGCAAACAGAAAGGUCUUCUGCAUCCGUGGACACGACGUCUGUGCGAAAUCUCCGGCACGCGACUGCUCAUCUAUCCAGGUACCGAAAAGACCCAGCCGCAGGAUGUGUAUCAUUUGGUUCGUGGUAAAGUAGAGGAAUCGCGCGGUCAACGCCACCACGAAUUUUGUCUGAAAAUAACCGGCUACACCGCCAACGCGGCUGCCACGGCCAACCCCCACACACCGGCAACAGCCUCAGCCCCCCAAACGGCUAAGUCGGUGUAUUUGGCGUUCGAAAAUGAGAGCGACCUCAUGAAAUGGAGUCGUAAAUGUAACAAAGCCAUCACGAAACAACCGGAUGUCGCCGAUCUGUCUAAUAAUCAUCUGGAGUUUCUUCCGGAGAACUUGUUCGUCAACGAAAACCUGACGAAGCUCAAUCUACGCCAUAAUGCCCUCAAAGAACGACCCAUUGAGGAAGACAUCUAUACAAUUGGAUGGAUUGAUGACUUACCGCGAUUUACGCAACUCAGGUCAUUAAAUUUGGCAAACAACGACCUGCGAAAUUUUCCCUUGGCUGUGUGCCGAAUUCGCACUUUGGUGGAGUUGAACAUGGCCAGUAAUAAAUUGGAGGAUCUGCCUAGUCAAAUUGCAGAUUUAACCAGUUUAAAGGCUCUCCACUUGCAAGCCAAUCAUCUCAAAGAUUUGCCGCUAGAAAUGCGGCAAAUGAAAGAACUGAAACUCCUGGUUCUGGCCUUUAACCAGUUCACUUCCGUGCCCGCUGUUAUCGCCGAGAUGAAGCAGAUGGACAGUCUUAUUCUGGCCGGCAAUUUCAUCGCUCAUCUGCCGGACACGUUGGCGCUCAACCUCAAGCACAUUCACAAACUGGAUCUCAGAAUGAAUCAGCUGGAUUUCGGACCGGAAGUGCCGCUGGCCUGGACAGCGGCGCUGCAGAAUGUGACUCAUAUUGACCUGCGGGAUAAUCAUAUUCCCAUCAUGGAUCUCAGAGCGUUGGCCAAUCUACAGUUCCUUAAUUGUCAGCGCAAUCAGACGACGCUCAUGCACCUUAGCGGUGCAGUUCUGUGUUAUUUGAACGUCUCCAAUAACUCACUACAAAAAGUCAACAUUUCCCCAAUUCCAGCCAACCUGCUACAUCUGGAUCUGUCGCACAACGCACUGACAUUAUUGCCGGACUGGAUUGGCGAGCUGCGGCGGAUGGAAACCUUGAUUUGUAAUUUCAAUCACUUGACUUCACUACCGAGCAGAAUAUUCCAAAACAUCUGCUCGCUGAAGACGCUGAUUAUAGAUCAUAAUCGGCUCACCAUGUUACCGGAUAGGUUUGGCAGUAAAUGUCAACUGGAGACAUUGAUGAUGCAUCAAAAUAAAUUAACGUAUUUACCGGAUCGCUUUCUGUCCACCUGUAACCGAUUACGGGUUCUUAAUGUCAGCAAUAACCGACUCUUCUCCCUGCCCGCACCCAGUGCUUUUACCGAUCAGAACCGCAUCCAAGAGCUGUAUUUGGCAGCUAAUCAUCUCCAAGAUGAUGCACUUGAUAUUGUGACCAAAUAUCCACGGCUUAAGGUGCUCAAUUUGGCAUACAACGAUAUCUGCUCCAUUACUGACGAAUUUUUUCAUACACUUGAACUCAUUGAGGAGCUUAAUCUGUCCGGAAACAAGCUGACAUCACUGCCCGCUGCCGUCAAGCAACUGACCAAUCUGCAGACACUGAAACUGCAUUCCAACCAUCUGCGGGCGGUGCCUGACUUUUCGGGAUGUACUGCAUUACGGGUACUCGAUAUUGGCGGCAAUGAGCUAGACAAGCUGGUACUGGACAGUAUUAUGGGGGAGAAUCUCAAGCAUCUCGACGUGUCUUUCAAUCUGCAUCUCAGAAUAGAUUAUUCGCAAUUUGAAAAGCUGAGUUCGGACAAGAACGUGACCUUAGUGGAUAUGAAGGACAGAUCGCACAACUCAAGCUUCGAAAGGGUGCCACCUCUGGAAAACGAACUUGAGCCGAAAUGGAAAAUCGGAUUUGCUCAAACCUCCGGCAACCGGAACAAGCUGUGUAUCACUCAGCUGCGCUUAUCCGUCUUUGACGGCAAUGUUAACGAGGCAUUGUUUGGCAUUUUUGACGGGGGGUUCAACAACGAAAUGCCGCUCAUGCUGUGCGAGAAUUUCCCGUCCAUUCUGCAGCAAGAGAAGUCAAGCAAGAAAGCCACCAACAUCCAUCAUCUGAAAUGUGCACUACUGAAAGCUCAUCUGGCUGCCGGCUCCACGGGUCAAAAGACGGGCGCUUCCGUGGCUGUGUGCCAUGCUGUGCGCCACAACGACGAGACCUGGCUGUACUUUUCCAAUGCCGGCCAUGCCGAGGCGGUCCUGUCCCGUAAUGGCGAACCGGUGCUGUUGUCACGGAAAUUCCUAGCGGCCGAAGAUGCCGAAGAGUGUGAGCGGAUCCGGGCGGUGGAUGGGAUCAUCACCGAGGAUUCCUUGGUUAACGGCAGCUGUACGGCCACGCGGAUGAUCGGGGCCAGCUACAUGUUUCCCUAUGUCAUUCCCGAACCACAUUGCAUAUCCUUCAAAUUAGCCCCUUAUGACCGGCAUGUGAUAAUAGCCAAUAAGGGUUUGUGGGAUGUUAUAACGCAUAAGGAGGCCAUCAACGAAAUUCGUGGACUGUCCAAUACGAUUUCUGCCGCCAAGCGGUUAAUUGACCUCGCGCAGAGUUACGGUGCCCGGGGAAAUCUCAGUGUGAUAGUAGUGGCCUGCGACAUGCCGCCUUUACGAGAACCUUCACCGGUCGUCAGUGUCCCGACGCCCUCGGCAGAGCCCGCUGCUGCCGAAGAAAAUCCCACUGCAUCGGAUAACGAAAGUGAUUCCGAAGGUGAUUAUUUUCCACAAGAGGUUCGGCCGUCGACGAUCCCGAAAAAGUUUCGGUAUCCGCGGUCGGCCAGUCAAAUUCUCCUCAUGGAUGAACAAGUGCAGGUGGCGCGUAGUGCGCAUAGCCUAACGGAGCACAUAGAGGAAGAACAGAACUACUAUUUUCAACACCGGCGCGAUUCGCUGGCUGAAGAGCUGUCUUCCAGUUCAACGUCACCCGACAUGCCAUCAGGUUGCGAAAAGACCGUACUGACCAACGGCGAUGAUUUCGAAGUGCAUGUAUCAUCCUCACGUGCCCGCAUUUCUGAUUUGUCGGGGAAUACGUUGUCCGGACAUGGAGACAGCGCGCUGGGUAGUUCGGUGAAUCCCAGCGUCAGCGACGGAAAUGGUUCACCGGUCAGUCAUGACGAUAGCUGCGGGAUUAUUCUCGAGCAUCUGGAGAGUCCCGUCAGCGAGGCCAGUUCCCAUUACAACGGCAAAAGCCAAGAUGACGAAGCCGUGCACUGUAGCGAUCCCAUGGACGAUGAGGAAUGCCAGAGCUGGCAGUUUCUCAUGAAUGAGGCGCUGGACGGUAGCGGCACGGAGGCCGAUGAAGUGAUGGAAGAGGCCACGCUGACCGAUGAGACCGCUCCAGAGGAAUCUCCUGAUGUGCCGGCGAUUGAUAAGAUCGAUAUUCCCCGACCACCCACGCCGCCCGUACCACCGGAUCCGGCGCUCUUCCUGAAAGCGCCGGUAAAAAUACGCGUAUCACCGAAAGGCAAUCCCGCGGAAAAGGACCCGGAUCCCAAACGGAACAAACCACUGAUUGAUGAAUUGGAAAGUGUGCUGAAAAAGCGGUUGUCUAUAAUGGAAGAGACCGCUGAGCCUGUGGAUGGCUCAGUACGAAAGAAUGCGGAAGCAGUGGAGAAGGUCAUCCGACCGGUAAAAAGUUCCUACCAAAUGGUUUUCAAACUGGCUAACCAAUCUGGUUCUGUUGCUCAAAGCAUUCAAGCGCUGAGUGCCGCUAAGCGUAAUCUUUGAUACUGCGGUGGUUAUGGCAAAGAGAUUUUUUAAAAUAAAUAAUUGUUUAUAUUCGAUGUAUUUUUUGCUUUUUUGAAAGAUAGAAUAAUUAUUUUUAAUGUCUGUGUUGCAACGUGCAGUGCACUGAC